AUGGGGGCGGGCAAGAGCAAGCCCAAGGAGCCAGGUCAGCGCUCACUGAGUCUCGAUGGCACCAUUGGCACGGGCUCGGACAGUGGGCACCACCACCACCUCAACUCGACCCAGCAGACCCAGACCCCCAACAGGAGUCCCGCCGUAGGGGGCGCCAGGCAUGGCCACCACCCCGGGCAUGCUCCCACCAACACCCCCGAGCUGGCGCUGUUCGGUGGAGUAGACCACACGAGCAGUAUCACCUCCCCUCACAGAGGACCACUGGCAGGAGGUGUCACUACAUUUGUGGCACUCUAUGACUAUGAAUCACGGACUGCCUCGGACCUGACCUUCAAGAAAGGCGAGCGGCUGCAGAUCAUCAACAACACGGAAGGGGACUGGUGGCUGGCUCGGUCUCUGACUACCGGAGAAAGCGGUUACAUCCCCAGCAACUAUGUGGCCCCCUCUGACUCCAUUCAAGCAGAAGAGUGGUAUUUUGGGAAAAUAACUCGGCGCGACUCAGAGAGGCUCCUUUUGAGUUUACAGAACCGACGAGGCACCUUCCUGGUCCGAGAGAGCGAGACCACCAAGGGAGCCUACUGCCUGUCCGUGUUGGACUACGACAACACCAAAGGUCUCAACGUCAAACACUACAAGAUACGCAAGCUAGACAGCGGUGGUUUCUACAUCACCUCACGCACCCAGUUCAGCAGUCUGCAGCAGCUGGUCUACCACUAUCAUAAGCAUGCAGAUGGACUGUGCCACUGUCUGACAGAGGUGUGUCCGGUGCUGAAGCCUCAGACCCAGGGCCUGGCCCGCGACGCCUGGGAGAUAUCCCGGGAGUCCCUCCACCUCGACCUCAAACUGGGCCAGGGCUGCUUCGGAGAGGUCUGGAUGGGGACAUGGAAUGGUACAACGCGGGUGGCCAUCAAGACCCUGAAGACAGGUACCAUGUCCCCAGAGGCCUUCCUCCAGGAAGCCCAGGUCAUGAAGAAGCUGAGACACGAGAAACUGGUGCAGCUCUACGCCGUGGUGUCUGAGGAACCCAUCUACAUUGUCACCGAGUACAUGAGCCAAGGUAGCCUGUUGGACUUCCUGAAAGGUGACACGGGCAAGCUGCUACGUCUUCCCCAGUUAGUGGAUAUGGCAUCUCAGAUUGCAGCAGGGAUGGCAUAUGUAGAGAGAAUGAACUACGUCCACAGAGACCUCAGGGCUGCCAACAUCCUGGUCGGGGACAACCUGGCAUGUAAAGUGGCCGACUUCGGCUUGGCCCGCCUCAUAGAGGACAACGAGUACACUGCUAGACAGGGUGCCAAGUUCCCCAUUAAGUGGACGGCACCAGAGGCUGCACUCUACGGACGCUUCACCAUCAAGUCAGAUGUCUGGUCAUUCGGGGUCCUGCUCACUGAACUGGCCACUAAAGGCAGAGUCCCAUAUCCAGGCAUGGUGAACCGGGAAGUGUUGGAUCAGGUGGAGCGUGGCUACCGGAUGCCCUGCCCUGCUGAGUGCCCAGCCUCCAUGCACGAGCUCAUGCUCACCUGCUGGAGGAAGGACGCAGAGGAGCGCCCCACCUUCGAGUACCUCCAGGGCUUCCUGGAAGACUACUUCACCUCCACCGAGCCCCAGUACCAGCCUGGGGAGAACCUAUAA